CUAUCACAUACUAUGACCUCAGCUGACCAUCUAUCCCAUACUAUGACCUCAGCUGACCAUCUAUCCCACACUAUGACUUCAGAUGUCCAUCUAAGAUCAAUGGAUCCUUCUAAUCCUGAGGAACCUUCUGAUAAAUCCCACACUAUGACAUCACAUUGUGAUCUAAGAUCUCACAAUGCGGUUAGAUCAACACAUCCAGCCAAUCCCAUUGAGUCUUCUUUAUAUGAUGGAAGUAAGACCAUAGAGCCUCCAUUGUCAUCUUUAGUUUGUUAUGAAUCUUACAGUAAAAACAGAGAACUGCCGAAACAGCAGAGAGGUCCCUCAGCUGGGCGUCUUUUUUCAUGCUCAGAGUGCGGGAAAUGCUUCACCACAAAACAAAACCUUCUCAUACACCAGAGAAUUCACACGGGCGAGCGUCCUUUUUCAUGUUCCGAGUGCGGGAAAUGUUUCAGUAGGAAAGGAGAACUUCUCAGACACCAGAAAAUUCACACGGGGGAGCGCCCUUUUUUAUGUUCCGAGUGCGGGAAAUGUUUCACUAAGAAAGAACACCUUCUCAUACACCAGAGGAGCCACACGGGCGAGCGUCCUUUUUCGUGUCCGGAGUGCGGUAAAUGUUUCAUUCAGCAACAGCACCUUCAUACGCACCAGAAAAGUCAUGUGGGCGAGCGUCCUUUUUCAUGUUCCGAGUGCGGGAAGUGCUUCACUAAGAAAGAACACCUUCUCGUACACCAGAGGAUUCACACAGGCGAACGUCCUUUUUCAUGUUCGGAGUGCGGGAAAAGUUUCAUUCAGAAGCAUUACCUUCUUGCACACGAGAGGAGUCACACGGGGGAGCGUCCUUUUUCCUGUUCAGUGUGCGGGAAACGUUUCGUUCAGCAGCAGCACCUUCUUAGGCAUCAGAGAAUUCACACGGGCGAACGUCCCUUUUCGUGUUCGGAGUGCGGGAAAUGUUUCAUUUUCAAUUCCGACCUUCUUAAACACCAGAGGAGACACACGGGUGAGCGGCCUUUCUCCUGUACUGAAUGCGGGAAAUGUUUCAACGAGAGGGGGAACCUUCUCAAACACCAAAGAGUCCACACGGGCGAACGCCCUUUCUCGUGUUCAGAGUGCGGGAAAUGCUUUUCACUCCAAGGAAAUCUAAUCAGACAUCAGGUAACUCACAGCAACUGAAGCUGCAGGGCCGUCUUUAAUGUUGAUUGGACCCCCGGGACAAGCACGCCUCUAAACAAGAAGUGCUGAAUUGGCCCCACUCCCACAUAGACGGCACCAUAGAACUAACCAGCGGUAAUACAUGGCCAGAUAUGGCAACACAUGGGGGAACAAAUUGGGCAAUGAUGACUAUACAAAGACAGCCAUACCAAUACACGGGCAAUAAACACCCAAUGGUGGCAAUACCUAGGCAAGAACAUGAAGGAACAAUCACUGGAGCUCGGUCUACUAUCUUUGUAUUCUUCUAGAUGAAGAAGUGAUCUCCGCGAGGGUACAUCAACCCCCGGUCAGCAAUCAGGACUCCACCAAUGAAGCUCUUGGCUGUUGAACGUCAUCACUCUUCAUUUUCUUUCCUGCAGAAGGUGGUCCAGCCAAUUUAUAAUUAUCAAUACGUUGUAUAGAUUUUGAAACCGAUUAUACAAGAUGUGAUUUUGAUCCAUUUUUUUUAUUGUACGUCAAUCAGAUAUUCCGGUUUUGUAAAAUAAACUCUACGAUAUUCUG